AUGCUCAUUUGCAAUAACUCAUUCAUCGGGCUACUUGCCGGUCUAUCCUGCAUCUCGGCAGCUCCUCUAGAAACCUUGGCGAGUGAAAGCACUUCGAUAGCGGCACAUAACACUAGAAAUGCCCCUCAAUUCUCCCUCCAACUUCUAUACAGCGUCUGGGAUGAGGAUAAAUACCUCUACGUCGCCCAACGAGGGAAGCAAGGAAUAGCAUAUGGACCGUGUGGGGGCGACGAAAAGAACAAUUCCUUUGAGCUAAUCCAUUAUACAGAAUUAGGCAAAGACUCCCGUCCCAACGCCAUCGAUCAUCCUCCGUUUCCCAGUAAAGAAGUUUCAUUCCCUAUCAAAGUACCCGGCAAAAAGGACUGCCGUUACGAAGGCAAUGGCGUCGACGCUGGCCAGAUUCGAUGUGGAGAUGAGUCUGUCGGAAAGUGUGGAGAAGACCCACAGUACGAUGAGCCUACGAUCAGGUGUUCAUGGGGGACAAAGUACCAUCGCGGAUAUGUCUGCGAGUUCUGA